UACCUUUAUUAUUAUUGACAAGUAACAAUUGUCAGAAAAUUUGCUGUCACUUUUCAAACAAUAAUUAAUUAGUAACCUAUGCGGAAAAUUUGAGUACCAUGUCAUUAGUAAAAUAUGGGCUGAUAUUUUUAUUUACUUCAAUAUUAUCCUUUCAUUAUUGCAAUGGAGAAAGGACUAAAGACCGAAUGUAUAUUAAUUUUAAAGCCACUACAUUAUGUUUUAGAAGAUUAAAUGCUACUCACCAAACAGGCUGUUCUUCUGUCAGAGGUGGAACCAAAGGUGUUAUACACUACUGCACGAAACAAGAUGACUUGGAAUUUAUAUUAAGAAAUGGUACAGCAGGACCUUAUGUACCUCUACUUCCAGUUGAUUUUCUAACGAGAGGUCUCAUAACAGUACUCAAAAAUAGUUCAAAAAUAGCAGGAUUAGUUUUAUAUAUGAACAAUGAAACAAUAACUUCUUUCUCACAUGAUUUACAAUGUCCAAAUGAAAAUUUUGGAGUCCCAAAUACAUGUAGUAAAGAUGAAAGACAUGGAAUGUGGAAUCCUGAGGGAACUGGCCUCAUUUUUGAAGAUAUGAGAUUCCCAAUAUUCUAUGUCGAUGAUGUCAAUGAAAUUCAGGCUGCAAAAGACUGUUUCCAAAAAUUCAAUAAUUUUUCAUUUGAAACUCAGAAAGAUAGACCAUUGUGUUCGGUCCAAUUAAAUUCAUUUAUGUAUGGUGCGAAAAAUACCCCAACAUGUAUAAGGAGGUCUAAUAUUGUAACAAAUUUAAAUCCUAUGAGAGUAUGUGAUCCCUUAGGGGACAAAAAUGUAUGGGCGACACUGUUUCCCCUUUCUGAAUACAAUAAUAAAACUGAGGAGGUGAAACCCAUUCUUGGGCAGAAGUACAUCAUUAUAUCUGCAAGAAGUGAUACAGCUUCACUAUUUGAUAGAACAUCUGGUGCAGAAAGUCCUGUGACGGGUGUUGUCACACUUCUAACAACGGCAAAGAUAUUGAAGAAAAUGUUGCCAAAAAAUGAUGGAAAUUACAAUACAAAUAUACUAUUCAUCCUCUUCAAUGGCGAAACUUUUGACUAUAUUGGUUCUCAAAGAUUGGUUUAUGAUAUGGAGAAAGGAAAUUUUCCAGUUGAAACCGAAAAUGGAACAUCCAUAUUUUUACCUGUUAUAAAAGCUACUGAUAUAUUGUUGUUCGUCGAAUUAAGUCAGCUGAGUCGUGGAGAUGGGACUGUUUAUGCCCACCGUUAUAAAGUAGAUCAAAUGAAUGACAAUUUUACAAAUCUUCUGGUAUCCAAUACGAGGUUUCCUACAAUAUUUGAACCAUCGGAUGGAACUCUGCCACCAUCAUCUGUGCAAACUUUCCUGAAGAAGUACCCAAAUAUCUCAACAAUUGUUCUAACCAACCACAAGGGAGAAUACGCAAAUAGGUUUUAUAAUUCAAUUUUUGACAAUAGGAAUAAUAUAAACUAUAAGUAUUACAACACCACUGAUGUACCUAUUGAUAGCCUCCAGAAACAUCUGUAUCAGGUUGCAAAUACAGUCUCAAAAAGUGUCUUUCAGUUAAUCACGGGAAAAGUUUGGCAAGAUGAAACUGAUGAAUCUGAAUUUUUGCAAUUGGUUAAUGAACUUCUGCAUUGUUAUCUAGAGGAUCAAAACUGUAAAUUACACCAAGCUAUCGGCAAACAACCACAGAAAAUUCAAGAUAAUACCACUUUGAGUUUGUAUGUGGGCAUUGAUGGAUCACCAAGUGAUGCAACCACUCUCAUGGGAUUCCUUCUAGGGUGGUUUACUGGUGACAUAGUUGGAAAUUCCACACAAAAUUGUACUAAUUUUUCGAAAAAUUAUGCUUUCCGUUUCUAUAAUAUGUCUGUGAGUAUGGAUAACCUCAAUACUACGAAAUGCUUCAGAAUGGUUAUGAAUUUCACCGAAGCUGUAAGUCCAGCAUUCAUAAUAGAAGAUUACGACUGGUCUUCUAACCUAUACAGCAGUUGGACAGAGUCUACUUGGGGUGACAUAAGCAUGAGACUCUUCCUUAAACCAACUGUAGCGCAGGAAAGUAUGACAAUGGCAAUUGGUUGCAUCUCGUUCAUAUUCUCUUUCGUCUUGGUUUAUUUAAUUAAAUCCAGAUCUCACAUACUUUUCACCGCAGAACAGGUUCAACCGAUCCCUGUGGAUUGUUAGCAGUACCUUUACCAUUCUUUGAGUUCUGAAAAUCAGCAAAUUGAUCUUGAUGGCAAUUCUUGCGUUUCUUAGAUGGUUGAAGGCGUAAAUGUAACCAAAGAAUUAACAGAAUUUUUUUUACUGAAUUCUCGUUUCUAGGUUUAAUGCUCAAAAUUAUUUCAAGACUGAUUAAUUUUUUCCUCUUUAUUUAUCUUUAAGUUGUGUGAAUUUAAAUUUUUCACUUGUUGAAUCAAGAAAUUUUGAUUUCUAUAAUUCCUCCUCUGUUAGCAUAUAGAAAUCUAAUUUUUCAAUUUAUAAUUCAUAUGAUUUAAAGUAUAAACUAUUUAAUUGCCGGUGUUAACUCAUUAACUACAGAAGAAACAUUUAUGGGAAAAUAGUUCAAAACUCUUUAACUUCAAAUAUGUUUUAAUCAAUAAUAGGUAAUCACAGCUUGAGGACCAGUGAAACAGAUUUGAAUAUCAAUAUGUUUUAAUGAAAAUAUCAAGUAUUUCCUAUUUCCAGGAGUUUUGUAUCACAUUCCUCCUAUAUAUUUAGAUAAAUUUUAUUCAAUUGUGAGUUUCAUUCAAUGAAGAAACUGAAUAAUUUACUAUCAUGUUAGAUUUAAUUACUUACGACUAAUUUAUUAAAUGCAAAGAUUUCGAUAUCUUGUGUAUUAUCAAUAUUUUCUUGCUAUUAGAUGGAUCAGUGAAUGCGUGAAGAGUAUUUCAGGAAAGAAGGGUUUGUGUGAUUUUGGUUGAGUCAAUUUUGUAAAUCAAUGAUUGUGACUAUUCAAUUUCCUUAAAUAAUUUUGAACUUCAACUAUUUUGUCAAAAUCAUGUGAAUUUUGUACAUCAAUUCUUUAUUUUUCUGUACAUCUUAUAAUUUAGCAGUUUAUGACAUUGCAUGAUUAUAAUACAUUAUCUGAUGUACAUAUGUAUAUACAAUAGUGUUUUCACAGAGACAAUCCUUUUAUUUCCUAAGAAACAUGAACUGUCUUAAUGUACAUUAUGUAGGUAGUAUAACAUUUUAAUUAAUUUAUUCUGCAUUCAAUUCAAAAGUAAUCUCGAUUUUUAACAAUUGUGAAUUUUUUCUACAAAGAAAUUUCAGAAUUAAACCGAUGAAACUGAAA